AAAUUAACCGAAGCAAUAGAUAGAACCAAAAAAAAUACUAUCAUUAGAGACCGUUGGUUUCUUCUUCCCUCUUUCUUAGCCUCUCGUUUCUCAUCUCCGAGAACCACCACCGAUGCUCCUCCGUCUUCUUCGCCGGUGAUUUUGUCUUCCGAUUGUUAUCAAUGAGUCUUCGUGUAGUUUCCUCCGUUUUCUCCGGAAUCAAUCGAAUCCCUAACCUCCACGAGACUCAUACUCUUCUUCGCUCUCAUGUCUUCUCUUUCUUCUUCAAACCGGCGAAUAUCGGUAGUAUACGGCGACUGGUCUUAUCCCCAUCAUAUGGAGACCGGAGCAGAGAUAGUGUUGGCUCCGCCGCCGAUGUUUCGUCAUCUAUUCUCGACGACGAGCUUCUGAGCAGCGUAUCCGCCGUUAGAGAUGCCGAUGAAGCGCUCGCGAUGAUUUCUGAUCGGUUCGGGUCAAAUCGCGGUGGAAUCGUUGAACUUGAAGAUUGCCGUUCGAUUAUCUCCGCUGCUGUCAGUCGCGGCAAUGUGGACCUUGCGUUGUCGAUAUUCUACACCAUGCGAGCGAGUUUCGAUUUAGGUGGAAGUGACAAUGAUCGAUGGAGUUGGUCAAGGCCUGAUGUUGAAGUGUACACGAUGUUGGUUAAUGGUCUUGCUGCUUCCUUAAGGGUUUCUGAUUCUUUAAGGAUUAUCAGAGAUAUUUGCCGUGUUGGUAUCUCCCCUGCUGAGGAGGUUCCCUUUGGUAAAAUUGUGAGAUGUCCGAGCUGUUUGAUUGCCAUAGCUGUUGCACAACCACAGCAUGGAGUUCAGAUUGUAUCUUGCGCUAAUUGCCGUUACCAAUACGAGCUUUUCUCUGGUGACAUAACUAGCAUUGACUCAGAAGAGCUCGGCAAGGACAUUCCUCUCUGGGAAAAAGGGCUCAGACUUAUCCAGAUAAAGAAGAACAAAAUCACAUCUUCAGUGCACUCUAUUGUGGUACAGACUCCUUCCGGUACAGCACGAACGCACCGGUUUGCCACUGAGACAGCCGAACUCCCUGCGCAAGAAGGAGAAAGAGUGACAAUUGCAUCCGCUGCUCCUUCUAAUGUUUACAGACAAGUGGGACCUUUCAAGUUUAUCUCCAAAGCUCCAAACUUUUACCCUGGAGAACCUAUGAGCCUCACAAAACACAAGGAUGGACGAGAAUCUAUCUUGCUAAGGCCUCCUAGUAAAGAUGGAGAUAAGAUCUUACAACCCUCGUUUCUAAUACCCCUUCUUGCAAUUUUGGCUACUGGAGAUGCUGCUUCUGGUGUUAUUGAUCCCAGUUUGCCUCAGUUACUCUCAGUUGCUACUGUUACAUCACUAGCGAUAGGAGCAACCGUAAAUUCUUUUGUCCUUCCUAAGCUAAAUCAGCUCCCUGAGCGAACAGUAGAUGUGGUUGGUAUCAAGCAGCAACUUUUAUCUCAAUAUGAUGUGCUCCAGCGUCGCAUUAGAGAUCUAAAAGAAGCAGUUGAGAAAGAGGUGUGGAUGUUGGCUCGAAUGUGCCAGCUCGAGAACAAAAUUUUAGCAGUGGGAGAGCCAGCUUACCGUACUCGAAGAACAAGAGUAAAGAAGGUACGAGAAAGUCUAGAGAACUCCAUAAAGGGAAAGAUUGAUCUGAUCGAUAGUUAUGCUAGAAUAUCUUCAAUGAUUGAGAUUGAGGUGGAAAUGGACAGUGAUGUUCUUGCAGCCGAGGCAGUGAACAAUACUGAAAACAUUGCUCAACAGAUAGAGCAGAUCAUGGAACUUGAAAACCUUGAAGAGAAAUGGAAAAUACAGGCUGAAGCAAACGACGAGGCCGAAAGACUACUUAGCUCCCAACCUUAAGCACUCACACACUUGUCAACAAACCCGGUUAGUUAAUCAUUAUACAUCACACAUCAUACAUCAUCAUCAUCAUUAAUUCAUUAUCAUCAUCAUGUAAAGCAAUUAUCUUUCGGCGGCAUAUGUAUGACAUUAACAAUGUCUGCUGUCAAAACUGCAACGUAGAUUCGUCAAUGAUAUGAAAAUGUGGACGACUGUUCUGGCAAUUACACUUUUAAGUACAAUAUUUAUUGAAUUUUAGUUCCCUUUUUAAGAAUCUUUUUCUUUCUCCAGAGCUGCAUUGGGAUUUUUGACACUGUAAACAUAAUACUUUUUGAAAAUUUUAGUAAUGGAAAUUGUGAUCAUCUUGUAUCUGGUACAGGUCAAAAACUCUGGAGCAUCGCUAAAAGUUAAGUUUCUUUUGUCGGUCGCUAUAAGUUAAUGUUGAUAAAUUUGUUUGUAAUACUAUAGUUUAAUAAUCACCGAAAUCAUUAAUUUCUUGUUUCUUGUCCAUUUGUAAUCUUUUUUUCUUAAAUGCAAGCAUUUGUUAGUUAA